ACCUGAUCAUGUUUACCUGAUCGUGAUCUCAUUGCUUCGGGCCGUUGCUUCGUUGACGCCGAGGGCAGAGAGAACAAAGCUAUCAUUGAUCAACCACUAGGAAGGACGAAGAGGACCUGUUUUCGAAGACCGGAUUUUAGGCACAGUCUGAGAUUCUUACGGUUUUUCUUGUGCUGUACCGAAAACCUGGAAAAAUGACGUCUGUGAAUGCCAGUGCUUCUCGUCUCGCGCGAGGCCUCGUCGUGCUCGGCGCAGUGAGCACCGUGGAAGGCGUCCGUAUUUUGGAUAUUCCCGCCUUGAAAGCUGGAACAGAUAAAGAUCAAGUCGUGUCAGAGCACGAAGCUGCGACUCAGGCAGGCGAGUUUCACCAAGAUGGCUAUCACUUGGUGGAUUGCAUCAAUGACAAGAUGCAAGUGUCUGGCGACAAAUUCGGCGAACCUCUCAAGUUCGACGCACAGACCCCAGUCAGCAUCAUUCGGUACGGAAAUCUACUUUUGAUGUCGACCUCGACAAAUAGAAUCAUUUGUACGUAGCUUGCUUAGACCUGAUAUAGAUAUUGUGAAUGGUGGUCUCUAUUUCCUCCAAGAAAGAAGCCUUGAGUUGUACAGUAUAAUCUAGCAUUCACUAGCAUCCAGCAUUCUGGUACCGUCAUCUACCUUCGCACCUCCAGGUACGACCAAGUAGUUCCGAAGCCGAAGCAGGAAGCAAUGUCCUCAGCCCUUUGCUUUGACUUCUGCCGGAAGUUUCAGCAUAUGAAGGCUUUCGGACUCGUGCGUGGAUCUGAGUGCUACUGUUCGAGUUUUUUCGUUCCCACAGCAGGAAAGUCUGAAGGAUGCGAUAUGGCUUGCGAGGGAAACGCAGCGGAAAUGUGCGGCGGGCAAACGAAAGCUAGCGUCUACGAAAUGCAUGACUGCGGCCGAGGCGACGAAGCCGG